AUGCCCACUCCACUUCGUCCUGGCGUCUAUGCGCCUACAAUGACAUUUUUCGACCCAAAUACCGAAGAACUCGAUGUGGCCUCCAUCCGCCGCCAUGCAGUCCGUCUGGCCAAGGCCGGCCUGGUAGGCCUGGUAACUAUGGGUUCAAAUGGCGAAGCUGUGCAUCUAUCCCGCGAGGAGCGCAAGACAGUGACUCGGGAAACCCGAUCAGCUCUUGACGAAGCGGGGUUUUCCAAUGUCCCGGUGAUUUCCGGUGCCAGUGAAAACAGCAUUCGCGGCACUAUCGAGCUAUGCAAGGAUGUUGCUGCUGCUGGCGGUGAGUAUGCAUUGAUCGUGCCGCCUAGCUACUACCGCUACGCCGUGGGCAACGACGAAACUAUCUACGAGUACUUCACUUCUGUAGCCGACAGCUCUCCAGUGCCUCUUAUUCUGUACAAUUACCCUGGCGCCGUCGCUGGUAUUGACAUGGAUUCCGAUCUGAUUAUCCGCAUAUCUGAGCACCCGAACGUUGUCGGCACUAAGUUCACCUGCGCCAACACCGGCAAGCUGACUCGCGUUGCAACUGCUCUCGGUGCCAUUACUCCUCCCUCCCCACUUGCUCCUACUCGUGCUAUCCCAACUGUUGUCAAGCCUAAUGCCAAACACCCCUACGUUGCCUUUGGUGGUAUUGCCGAUUUCAGUCUACAGACACUUAUCUCAGGCGGAUCCGCUAUCCUCGCUGGUGGCGCAAAUGUUCUUCCACGUUUGUGUGUGCAGAUCUUUGAUCUGUGGGCCGAGGGCAAGCUUGCUGAGGCUAUAGAAGCGCAACAGCGGCUUAGCGCGGCUGACUGGGUUCUUACCAAGGCUGCUAUCCCCGGUACCAAGUCUGCUAUUCAGUCAUACUACGGCUAUGGUGGAUUUCCGCGUCGACCUCUUGCUCGUAUCAGUGAGAUCCAGGCUCAGGAAGUUGCUGAUAAGAUUAAAGGUGCGAUAGAAGUGGAGCUGGAACUGAAGGAUGUGGCAUAA